CCUAGUUCCAAAAGUCUUCCUCUCAUCGUAACCGAGUAUAUAGAAGAGUUGUAGGCUUCAUCAGCACCAGUGCACCCCUCAACCCCAACUUCCCUCCUUUCGUUCCCAGAUCUCAUAUCGCCAAACCUCUUCCUUCCUGGGCUACCUUCAAGAUUCCAUUCGACUCGUUCAUUCCCCGCGAUGUGGCUUCCAUUGCUCGUCCCUGGUCCAACGUCCAUACCCUACCUCUACCGCCUGGUUCUAACAACGAUAGAGCCUAUGAUAGCCCUCUGUGGUGCCCUGCAGUCGCUGCUCUAUCCAACCGUCUAUAUGAGCAGCAUGACCCGUGGCGAGGUGUCCUUUUUACCAGAAAUGGAAUUCCUACACACAGAGCUGGGCGGUGCGUGGCUGUAUUUUGCAUUCGUGGAGGCAGUUGUUUUACGCGCCUUCGAUGAUGAGCAUCUGUGGCGCUUUCUUUGCGCCGCUAUGCUACUCAGUGACCUGGCCUGGUGCCAUUCAGUGGCACAGGCUGUUGGAGGCUGGGCUAUCUGGCUUGAUAUUCAUAUCUGGUCCAUGGAAGAUCAUCUUAUGUUCUGGACCUCUGCACCUAUCACCAUCAUGCGACUUUUAAUCGUCACCGGAAUUGGUCUUAACGGAGCCAAAUCAAGUAUCCAAAGAGAAGAAGACUCAGUUAUGAUUCCUAACGACAAUGGCGAUCAAAAUACCAGGGACAAGGAGGAGGAUGGCCAGGGGCCAUACACAAAGGGGUGACCUCUUGAACAAACUAGGCAUAUAAGCAAACGGUUUUUGCAUUAUGGUGCCAAACAUUCUGGACUUCUAGUACUCUAAUGGUACACAACAAGACGGAAAAGAGAUAUAUC